GUGGAUCGGACCCGGUUCGUGUCGAUACCACGUGACUCAAAAAAAAAAACUCCCGCUCUUGGUGACUUUUCAAAACCCUAAAGAGAGUCAUAGUUUCCCCCCUAACGCCGAUUUUCCCGCCGCUCUCACUCGAUUACAAAAAUCCUUAGAUCCCCAAUCUUCAAUCACUUAUCUUCAACAAUCUCUCUCUCUGAAUCCUCAGAUUCUUCUAUCUCUUUCACCAAGCUUAACCUAAUCGUAAACAUGAAGGAUAUCUCUAAAUCUCCGGCGAGAAGAAGCGACGGAUACCACCGCUACUUAAAACCAGGAGCGCUUGCUCAGAUCCGAAACUCGAGAAUCAACGCUAGAUCUACAACUACGACUACGAAAACAUCUCUCGUAUCUCGCUCCUCCCUCUCGCAACUACUAGAUCCGAUUUCACCAUCUCAGAACUCUGUUGAUGAAGCAGCGGCGGCGCGAAAUCUGACCAUAGAUCAGGUACCACAUCUUCUAAGAAAGAUCUACGGUCCUUAUAGUUAUCAGAGGAAGAAAUUAGCCGCUGCUAGAUCUGUCUCGUCGAUGAUGAUGAUGAAUAUCAAUCCUCCUAUAAAUUCAGUUCUUGUUGAACCCAGUAGUGUGUUGAGUAGUGAUGUUAUUGCUCAUUGAGUUAAACUAGUUUCUUCCAAAUCUGUAAUCUGAUGAUACAAUUGGGGUAAAAUGUUCAAUACUCUCAUAAGACUCACUAUAUGAAUCAUUAAAUUCUCAAUAAAUUGUGUGUUUCAAUCAUUCAA